AUUCACAAACACUUUCUCUCAUCCUCUCUCAAUUCUCUCAAAAUCAAAAUACCCAAAAAUAUAGAAAAAAGUGAAGAACACUAUGAACUUCAUAACAUCUCCAAGAACAUUGAAACAAUCUUCAGCAUAAAAAUCUUUGAAUUCAAUUUGCUCUCGCUCGUUGCGGAUUGCUAUCGGUCACUAUCGCGUCUCCGAUCUUCCUCCGACGUGAAUCCUUCCACCGGCACAGCAAAUUCCGAAGCAAAUCAUUCCCUCCGGCGUGGCAAACUCCGAACGUGAUACUCACUCCUUCGUCUUCUCUCCGAUUUUGAUUCGCUCUUGUUUUCACGGUGUCCAAUUCCCUUUCAAUUCCACCUUCAUCCUCUUCAACUUACGGUAAUGUCUCAUACGCCUAAUUCUUGUGAUACGUAUUGUGGAAGAUUGACUUUAAAUUGAGAUUUAUGCUUGAUGAUUGAGUGAUCUUAGUGUUGUAUCUUACUUAAUAAUUCUUUGUGAUUGAGUAGUUAAUUGAUUAAAAUCAGAAUUGAUAUUGGUAAAGUGACGACGUUGACAAUUCCGAAUCGCUUUGGCUAUACUUGUUGAAUAUAUUGUUGCAAUUUCUGAAAGCUGGACGAUAAUGGUUGAAGUUUGUGUGUUGUUAAACCUUAAGUGUUGAAUUGCCUAUUUGUUGAAAAUUGCUUUUAUGCAUAUAAGUGUGUUUGAGAUGGUGAACUGUGAUUAUGUGGAAUAUGAACAACUUUCAUUGAUUAUGUUUAAGCUUGACAGAAUGUAUGUCGUGGUGAUGUCGUGAGAGCGGUUCUUGUUUGUGUGCAUUAUGUGCAUUGAGUUUAAUUGUUGAAUAAAAAUGUGAAAUAUGUUGUAGUUGUUGUUGAUUAAUGAUGAUCUUGCUUAAUUGAUAUUGAUGACUAUUUGUUUGGUGAAGUAUAUGAUGAUGCCAAUUGGUACAGGAUUGUUGCUUCUUUGUUGUUGAUUAUAAUGCAAAAUUUCUUAACAAUAUAGAAGUUUGGUAUGUGGCUGUUUUGAAAUAUGUCCAUAAUGCAGAUUUUUGAUGAAAUUGACAAUAUUGUGGCUGUUUUGAUUGAACUUAUGAUUGUGCAGAAUUUUGUUUUAAAGGACAGCAUUAAUGUGUUUGUGCUACAAGAAAACUCAUGAGAAUUUUGGUUGAUGGUUGAUAAUAGUGUGGUUCAUAAAUAGGUGCUUAAUUGUUGUUCUAAACAUGAUUUUGAGCCUCUAGUUGAUGAAUAAAAUUGCUGGAAGUUAAUGGCUAUUUGUAGUGGUUGUUUGCACAAGAAAAUGACUAGAAAUUUGAUAACAUGAUAGGUUGCUAAUGCAGAUUUUUUUUUGAUGAGUUAAUAUUGUAAUAUUCCUUUGUUGAUUGACUCAUGAAAGUGUGAAAAAGUCUUGACUAUUGUGGUGUUCUUUGAUGGUUGUUUGCUUGUUGAUUUAGCAUAGGGAAAUGUGGAAUUUAAAUGAGUUGAUAAUGCAGAAUUUUGAUUGUGUAGUUGUUGGUGCAUUUCAUCAUUAUUUUGACUCAUGAAAAGUGUAGAAAUUAAAGGAAAUUGUUGUGCAUUUGGCCUGUGAUUAAGUUGUUGAUACAAGAUGGAAAUGGAGCUUAUUUGAAUGAUUAAGUGAUGCUAUUGAGUGCUGAAUUUCCCUGUUAUGACAUGAAUGCUAUCCUCUUUUUCCUCAAUUUUGCAAAUAGACGCGAUACGCCGGCUUUUAUUGAAAAUGUUACAACUUUUGAACCGCUUAGCGUUUUUGAGCAUGUGAAUAGUGUUCCUUGAGUGGAAUAUGGUUUUCGGAGCUGUUUGAAUGCUUUAUUUUUGAUUUCGGCCGACUUUUUCCACUGAUCUCGCUUCUGCCCCGUCUUGAAAGUCGUGCCUCCGGGCCGAUUUAAUAAAUUAUGAAUGCAUAUUUGAGUUUCUUGACAUAUUUUUAGCUUACCAUGAAAUUUUGGUUUAAUUCCGACAAGUUUAAUUUUAUCGUUUUUACCCAAUUUUACCGUUUCGGUGUACCUUUUGACUUGUAAAUACUUGCUUUGGUUUCCAUAAUACUUGUGUACAUACUUGAUUAACAUUUGAGUGCCAUUUCUAUUGUUAUCUUACUUUCGCUCGAUUGAUGUUUAAAAAGUGUGUUAAUGUCAAAUUUCUCAUUUCGUUAUCCUUUUUCGGUGUAAAGCACGAACGCAAUUCCGAUUGCGAUGUUUGUUAUCUCUAACUUGUGUGCUAGUGUGCGAGGCAUUUGGAUAGUCACCGAUCGACGCUCAUUGCUUGAGUGUUCCGCUUUAUUUGCGGGACACGGUUUCAUUCACUCGUGUCGUGUUCUCGUCUUGGAGACACGUUUCUAUUACUUUAUUUCUGCUUGUUUGGAUUGCUUGUUCCUCUUGCAGGUGUAUUGUGAUUAUGCUCGACGCGCAUGUCGACCUUUGUGUGCUUUCAUGGCUAAUCGGUAUGCUGACUAUUUUCUUUUGCUUUGCUAACUCGUUUGCGGGAUCCCUAGUUUUCCCUCUCUCUCUCUCUCUCUCUCACUCUCUCUCUCUCUCUCUCUCUCUCUCUCUCUCUCUCUCUCUCUCUCUCUCUCUCUCUUUGCUGCAGUUUACGGAUCAUAAUCCGUUUGGUAUUGAUCCCGUUUCAUUUUAUUUCUCUUGCACUUUAUCGCUUUUUCGCAUCAUCCUUUAACAUGAGAAGUAGGACUUAGACAUGCAUCUGACCAAGCCCUCGAAAGAGGCUCUGUUUUUGUUGGUGUGUUUAUAUUUGUGCUUUGCGGCAGGGAGUCACGGUGUAAUAAGUCCUAUAUGGCGCUCCGUUAAGUCCUCAUGGAAGGCACGUGGAAAGGGUUAGCAAUCAACCCCCGCAUAGUCUCAUCGAGUCCGUUCGGUAAGCGCACACUACGCGUUGCUUGCUUCUGAACUAGCAUAAGAUCUUGUUAUCGAGUAUGUCAGGAAAAGGGUUCAUGCAACCGGACCCCCGCACUUCCUAUAGCUCUCGUCGCUCGACGUUGAUGCUCAGUGUACGCACGCACCGUUUUCCUUUCAGAUCCGUGACGGCUUGGUUGGUGAGAGGGACCCGCUCCUCUUGUCUAUGACCCGAUCAUUUUCGUGAGGUCUAAUGCUUGGUUGACUCGGGUGAUCUGCUCCCCUUGGCUAUGGCGGGACCGCUUUUCUACCAUUCGGCCAGUGCCGUUGGUUUGUUUGCUUUACGAGCGGAGCUCGUUUGUGUGAUAUUCUUGUGUGUUGCUUCCGUUUUUCCCCAUAGGUUGUUAGCUUAGUUUAGACUUGUACCCUUUGUAUGAUAACAUUAGGUAGCAAGCUUUCCCCCUUAGCAUAGGUCUUCCUCAUGCAUUCUUUAAAACACAAACCACACUCUUUGAUUUUCUUUUCUUUAGAGCUUGUUAUUUCCGCUCCAUUCCUAAGCCUAAGUCUUCAAAGGUCGAGCAGCGGAGUGUGAAUGUAACUUGUUCACCUAAAAAACACAAAACAAACAAAAACUAGUUAGCCGAGCUAUGGUACCUCUGAUUCCUCAAAAAGGAUACGUAGACAGCGGGGUAGGGCCUGUGCGAGUAUAACUCUUUCUUUUCCCUACAUUUGCAUGCAUUUUAGUCCAGAUUAGUGUAACACCCCAAAUCUACCCCGCAAAUAUAAUCGGAAAUCAGAGUGCAUUUAAAAAUAUUCAUCAAAGAUGGGAUGUCACAAUUCGACUUAAACAAACAAACAUACUCAUAUUGUAAUCAACAAAGAUACAUAGCAUUCGGAAACAAAACUUUAUCCAAUAACUUCCAAUUUCAACUCAUAGACAUCUUUCAAUUCAACUCAACACAAAUAUCGUCAUAGAAUACAACAAUCAAGUAAUAACUACUAAUCCCCCCGAGUGCUACGUAUCAGAGCAAUGGACACCAACUCGACUUGCCAUAAAGCAACAUAAAGACUUCACGUCAAUAACCUCGAACAACCACGGCUAAUCUUGAGUACCUGCCCAUUUCCCAUGGUAGGGGAAAUAUCAGCAAAGGGGUGAGAUAUCUUACAAUAUAAAGGAAUGCAUGAUAAAUAAUACAGGAGAUAUAGAUCAUACAUAAUUUCACCACUUCGCAUCACAUAACAUAUUACAACAAGUUUCACCGCAAAGCAACUUAUCAAUAUAAUACAACUCUCAAAACGGCAACGAGGUCAUUAAUCACAUAUUCAAAUAUACAAGUAUGAUAUCAAAUACGUCACCACAAACAUAUCAUUAUCACGUCACAACAAACACCUCGUCAUCUCAACAAUCCAAACACAAUUCAAAUGCAAUUCAAAUGCGACUCAAAUGUGACUCAAACUUAUGCAUAUGCAUGUGGUACCAUUGGAGUAAAACUCCCGUCUCAAACAGUUUGCCAUUGGGCCGUCUUAAACAUUUGCCACAAGGGCCGUCUCAAACAUUUGCCACAAGGGCCGUCUCAAACAUUUGCCACAAGGGCCGUCUCAAACAAUGCAAUGGAUGCGACUCAAAUGAUGCACAUCCACAAACACAACUUAAACCACUUAAUCAACUUAAACGACAUAAUCAACUUGAACGACAUAAUCAACUUAAACAACAUAACCACAUCAACUAAACAACAUCAACUCAAUGCCAAGGUUCUAUGGCAAUAACCGUAUAAUCGUAAUUUACCACAUCUCAAUCACAUCAUCACAUCAUAUCGGCAUACAACAUCUAUUCAACUUCAUUCUUAUCAACAUAAUACAAAUUAUCAUUAGUGACCAUAGGGUCUACAACAACAACGACAAGUUCGUCAUGUUAUAGCAACAAUAACAAUUCAACAUAUUGCACAACAACAACAAACAUCAACAUGUUACAACAACAACAACGAUUCAUCAUGUUACAACAACAACAACAAUUCAUUAUAUUGCACAUCAACAACAAACAUCAACAAAUUCUUCAUAUUCCUUAAUUCAAGUAGUCAUUAUAACAAGUUAUAUUCAACUUCCUAAUAAAGACAUAUAAAUAUUCUUAAUUCAUCACAUGGCAUCAUCAUCGACUCAUACAUAUCAAAUACGCACAAUUAAUCGCCUAUAGCAUACAACAUCUUUAUCAAUUAUGCAUAUUGUCAUACCCUAAUUUUUGACCCCCCUGAGAUGACAUAUCUUCAGGAUUUUCAUCAGGUCAAAGCAAGUACCCAGAGCAGUCACUUCUUCAUUUGGGCAUUUAAUCAAGGAUGUUCAAAGACAAGAAAACUCAGGCAAAGGAUCAAUCAGUAGAAGGAUUAGUCUCUAACAUAAUCAUAGGACUCAAGAGCUUCAUUUUUUCACCUAUGAUUGAUUAGACACCCAGUCAUCUGAGUACAGGUUUACUCAGGUCACCAGACUAGGGUUUUUGAGCCUAUCAAGGACUGAAAUCAGGGAUCACCUUUGGGAAACCCUAAAAAGCUCCAGGACAUCUAUUAAAGACUUCAAUCAUCUUCAAAUGAUCCAUACAAUAAGAUCCACUGGACAUCACACCUCAAUUCAAGAUCCACAGUCACCAAUUUCAUCUGGUCAACAAUUAGGGUUUUUAACCUAAUUCAUCUGGAUAGUUGACUUUUAAUCAGGGCAUGGAUCCAAAACUCAAGACAUGAUUCAAGAACCUCUACUACCUCAAUAUAACCCAUUUACAUCACUCAUUUGAGGAGAAGAUCUUGAUUCUACACAAAAGUCCAAAUUUUCACUUUAUCAGGAAUAAGUCAACUGUAUGGGUUCACCUUUGACUUUUAAGAUUUUUGGUCAAACCAUGAUUUUCAAAGAUCAAUAUCAUCAAUAUAUGGAUAUUAAAGUCAUUUGACCAAAGAAAUUCAAGAAGAAUCUUCAAGGAGCAAAAAGUCGGGAAUUAGGGUUUUUGAGGGCAUUGUGGGAACUCAAAAUUUCACCUACACAACUCAAAAAACUUCCAACAUGAAAGUUGUAGAUCUUGCAAAAUAAAACAACAUCUUACAAUGGAACUUUUUUCAAAAGAUCAAUCAUUUAAGAGAUUUGGGAAUUUUGAAGUUUUAGGUCAUAAACACUUAGAGAAUUUUCUAAGUGUUUUUAACCUAGUUUUCUUCCAACUUUGGCCUCAUUUUUCACAAAUUUGCCAAAGGAUUCUGAAGGAACCAUAAACUAAUGAUUUGAAGUAGAUGUUUAGGGCUUUCCAAAUUGUGUUCAACCUUCUCCAAAUUCAUUUUGAGCUAAGAGUUAUGCUUGUUCAAAGUUGGCCUCAUGAAGUAAAAUUAUAGGUCAUGUACAAUUUGAAACUUUGUAAUUUUGUGCAAAUGACCUCUUUUAUGGAUGCUACACGACCCAUACCACAUGUGAAAACAUGCCAUGCAUUCAUUUUCACCAUAGCAUAAGAGUUGAGGAAGAUUCCCGAAACAAGAACAUGUGAUUAUGUAAUGAUUACAUUUGUGAAUUUAUGGCAAAUUGAUGAAUCACCCAAGGAAUCUUCUCACCAACCAAUUGGAACGCUCCUCUGCAUCAGAAAUGUUCCCCAAGACCAGAUAAGAUCAAUAGAUAGGGAGCUAGCUCGAUUUGGCCAUCAUUGCAUUUUGAAGAUUCUUUGAAUUUCUUCAUGGCCAAGAAAUCAAAACUCCCUCAUUAAGCAAGCUCACUCUCUCAAUCAGUACUGAAUCAAUUGCCUAUAAAUAGAGGACUCUUUCUCAUUCAAAAAACACACCAAAGCAACCAUAUUCCUUGCUUUCUCUUUCUCUCCUCUUGCUUAUUGGUUUUUCAAAGUUCUUUGGCAAGAAGAAUCGUUUUCUUUAAACCAGAGCUUAUCUUUGGAAAGUAAGCAUUCUAACAUCUCAAAGGGUUUCAUUUGAGGUGAUCCAAGCACCUGGAUCACUUCUGUAAGUGGAGGAACACCAUUGUUGCUUUCACUUUGGAGCACUUGCAGUUGGAGGACCACAGAGCAAUUCAGGAGGUUCCAAGCAAGGUCAAGCAUCCAGGCACAUUCCUUAGGGUGUAGUGAAGCUAUUCAGAUGGUCGCAGCUCAUCUGUAACUGCAGAUUCAUCAUCCUCCAUGUUCACUUGAAGCUCAAAUCGAGGGAGUCGAGUAGAGCAAUUCAGAAGGUUUGAGGCCACAACAAGCAUCCGGUUAGCAUCACCGAGUCCCAAGGAAGAUUUUAGGAUCAUUCACACAAGCCCAGAAGUUCUCCAUCACUCGUACGACCUUCAGUUUCAGAGAUACGCUUCUGUUCAUUAUCUUCUUCUCCAGUAAUUCAUCUCUUCACCAACUCCGUCCGUCUACUCGCUCUGUCUCGUCGCCGCCGUCCGUCUCAUCGCCGCCGUCCGUCUCUCCUCCGUCUGUCUCUCCUCCGUCUCCAGCCGUCGUGGCCGUAACCUCUCUUCUCCGGCAUCACUGUUUUCAGUUACUUUGAAGUCUCUGGUUUCUACUUGUACAACGCCGAUUCAAACCUACCCAUCUCCCACAUCAAGUCUAACUCAGGUUAAAUGGCUCCGGAUAGAGAUGCUCCACCUGAAAACUCACAAGAAAGAGAUGCUCAAGAAAGAGAUGCCACGGAUACAAAUGCUCCACCUGAUACUGAAGCAAAAGAAGUUGCACGAGGAAUCACUAUCAUGAAGGGAAUCGUUCGACAUAGAGACCAAUGAUUAGUAUACAGAUUGGAAUGGAAUUCUGAUAAACAAGCAAUUGGUCCUAAUUCUGCAAAGUUGACAAGUUAUAUUGGUACACUUGUUCGUAUGCAUAUUCCGGUCUCCGUAGCUAGAUGGAAUCUGAAAAGCGAAAACUUGGAUGCGAAAAAAAAAGCGAUUUGGGACGAGCUUCAGAGGACUUUUGAGAUACCAGAUGAUCGUAGACGCUACAUACUUGGUUUGGCCGGCAAAAGAUAUAGAGGGUGGAAAGCUUUUUUGACAAACACUUAUCUUAAGGAUAAAGAUGGAAACUUUCUUGAAGAGGCACCGGGACGGCCAAAAAAGUAUGAGAUCUUCAUUGGUGAAGAAGAUUGGGCUAAGUUUGUAGAGCAAAGAGAUGAAGAUUUUCGGAAAAGGAGUGCCAAGAAUAGUGCGAGAGCAUCCAAACCCGUAUAUCCAUACAAAAAAGGGCGUUUGGGAUAUGCACGCUUGGAGGAUAAAAUUUUAGAGGAGACUAAAAGUGAGGAAACCUCACUUCCUGAACAUGUGUUGUGGAGGGAAGCUCGUGUGGGUAAGGAUCAUGCUGUCGAUCCCGAAGUUCAGAGAGUUUUUACUGAAUGUAGACCUUGUCGCAAUCGGCAUCCACCGGUGAGGGGAGCGUACUUAGUAGAGCACUAGAUGCGCCUGAGUAUCCCGGUCGGGUGAGGGGUAAGGGUCAUGGUGUGACUCCAACCUCUUUUUACAAGAGUCCUAGGAGAAGAAAUCCUUCAAAUGAAGAAGUGUUGCAAAAGUUGGCGGAAUUGCAAGCACAAGUCUCUGAAUUGCAAAGAGAUAAAGAGGCGUAUAUGAGAGAAAAGUGCAACACUUCAAUAUCGGUGAAAGAAACUAGUGAUAAGGCUAGUAUCAACUAUCAAAGGAAAUUUCCCGAGGGCAUUUCAUCUUGCCAACUAUACUUAUCGGAACCGAGUUAUCGACUAGUUGGCAAGGGAAAAGUGCACAACACUUUGGGAGAUUUACUUCACCAUAGACCGCUCCCGGAUGGACACCUGAAAGUAUCGGUGGAUGUUGUAGUAGAUCAUGAUGCGAUGCUACCGGUACCUGACAUGGUCUCAGAGACGACAUUGCUGCGAGAUGCAAUAGGAUCAUUUGUUGCAUGGCCCUCGGAGCUCAUUACCAUUAGUGAUGAGACUGCUCCUAUAAAACCCACAGUUAAGGGUAAAGGGAUUUUACAGGAGGAGGAGUCCGUUGCAUCACUAAAAGAGGCAUCCGCUCGAGAGUCACAACAAGUGACGCAGCAAGUUCGUACCGUACCACCCACUGGUCCUCCGAAGCCAGCGGGAAAAAAAGGCGGUGCUUUUGUGCCUCGGUACCGGUCGACGCUCGCAACAAUGGUUGAUAUGUCCGAUUUGAAGGAUGGUGCUUUACGUGAAAUCGUUAUGGAUGAGAGUGUCUUCGGUAUUGAAUUCAAGUCACUUAUUACACUUGAUGACUUGGAGGAGAUUUUUAAGCAUGAUCAACUAGGCGUCAAUAACAUGCACUCAUACAUUCGGUUGUUGUAUGACAGAGUGUUGCGCGGGACUCCGUUGUCUAACAGAUUCCGUUUCGUGUCUUCCGCCCACUGCAGCGGAAUGGCAAUUGAUUCGGAACCGGAAUCAGUUAGACAGCGCUUAGUAGAUAGAUUCAUGUCCACCGGCAAUACAGAAUGUCUGCAUCUUUGGGCGUAUAAUACCCGACCAGUAGGAGCACACUGGUUGCUGCUUGCUAUCAACCCUAUAAGGGAAGUCGUGUAUUAUCUGAAUUCGGUAAAUGGUGAAUGGACCAAUUAUCCGGCCAUGAAGGACAUCGUUGAUUUAUCAAUACAAGUGUUCCGAAGUCAACGGGACGCACAGGUAUCCCGAACUAAAUCUAGCAACAUUACUUGGAUCCAAGUGCAGUGUCCGCAACAGAAAAACAGUUACGAUUGCGGAUACUUUGUAUUGAGGUUUAUGAAAGAAAUCCUUCAGGCAAAUCAAUUAGAGAUUCCGCUCACGUACCUUGACGAAUUCCGUGCCGCUGGAUACCCGAGACUUAAGUUGGAAGAAAUAAAAGAGGAUUUGUGUCAUUUUUAUAUUAAGCGCUUUUUCAUGUAGGAUUUGUGUCGAAUUGAAGUACUAUAAUAUUAUUGAUGUUGUAAUGAUGUAUAUAUAUAAUUUUGGAUAUUAUAAUGGUAUUAUAUUAGUAUAUAUAUAUAUAUA